GGCGAGGAAAGGAGGCGCAGCCCUUGGGGAGGCAGCUGGAUGAAGGCGUGUACCUCAGGGCGGGCUCGGCAGCCCCUCGGGCAUGAAGGGGACCGCGGGGACUCUGCCCUGUCCUGCAGCCGAGCGGGGACAUCAGGAAGACAGCUGCCUUCAGAUGAUACAGAACUCACUGACAGUUGCUCUUGCUUCAGUCCUACUUCAUGAGAACUUCAGAAGAUACUAACUGAGCAGAUGGUACGUGAACAAUACACUACGACAACACCAGGCACUAGCCUAGAGAGGCCGAAGAAUGAAUAUGUCUACAAAAUUGGAAUUUAUGGCUGGAGAAAGCGUUGCCUCUACCUGUUUGUUCUCCUCCUGCUUAUCAUCCUAGUUGUGAAUUUUUCUUUGACAAUUUGGAUUCUUAAAGUGAUGUGGUUUUCCCCAACUGGAAUGGGACACCUGCGUGUUACAAAAGAAGGUCUUCGUCUGGAAGGGGAGUCUGAAUUCUUAUUCCCUCUUUAUGCCAAAGAAAUCCAUUCUAGAGUGGACUCAUCACUGCUUCUCCAGUCUACUCACAAUGUGACUGUGAAUGCUCGCAAUUCGAAUGGGGAAGUCACAGGCAGAUUAAAUGUGGGUCCUAAAAUGGUAGAAUUCCACAGCCAGCAAUUUCAGAUCAACUCAAAGGAUGGAAAGCCGCUUUUUACAGUGGAUGAAAAUGAGGUUGUAAUUGGCACAGAUAAGCUUCGAGUCACAGGGCCUGAAGGAGCACUUUUUGAACACUCUGUAGAAACACCACUUGUAAAAGCAGAAGCUUUUAAACAGCUUAGGCUGGAAUCACCAACACGAUCUUUGAGCAUGGAUGCACCACGAGGAAUUAAUAUCAAAGCACAAGCUGGGAAUAUUGAAGCUCUUUCGCAGAUGGAUAUCAAACUACACAGCAGUGAUGGUGUGCUUUUGCUCGAUGCUGAAACUGUGCGACUGCCUAAACUGCCUGAGGGUACAAGGGGUGGAUCCGGUAUUUCUCAGGGGCUCUAUGAAAUCUGUGUGUGUCCAGAUGGAAAGCUCUACUUGUCAGUGGCUGGCGUGGGCUCCACCUGCCAAGAAUACAGCCGUGUCUGCCAAUGAGGCACCAGAAAAGGCCGCACACCCUCUUGCGCAUCUGAGUUUUAUAUUACUGCUAAAAAGCAUUACUGAAAGAGUAUUUUUCAGAAUUUAAAAAACUAAGUACUUCAAUUUAGGAAGCAAAUUUGUAUCUACAAUUCUGGACUACAGGGUGUAAGGGGAAGAAGAGCACAAAUGACAUUUCAGCUUCAGAAGAAUGAUUUGAAUCAAAUUACAUGUUCUGUCAGUAACACUUUGAAAACAGCCUUACGGAGAGCAUAAAAAAAUAAAACUAAUAUGUUUCCUUGCUGAACUAUUAUUCAGUUCAGAUGUUUAUGUCAUUGUUCCUAUUUUUGAGAUCCGUGGGUUUUUUCUCUCACUACUUGUAAGCACUUACUGUAUGAGUGGGUGAAUUUAGAUUGAGGGAACUACUUGAACUAUUUGCUAAGACAAAGCAUUAUUUGGAGAAUUCAGAAAGUGCCAGCAAAUGGUCUAUGCAAUUUUGUUCUUGCAAUAACACAUGAUAUAAAAAUGUGAUAUUUGUAUAAGUUCUCUGUAAAAGGUGUUAAUUUGCUAAAGCUUUCUAUUUUAAUUUGGCAACAUAUACGCUGAUUUGCUUAUUACUGAGAUUCAUAUAAAAAUAACUAAUAGUAAAAGCUCCAGAUUUCAUUAAUACCUUCGUGCGUCUCAAUUCUGUCCACUAUACAACAGAGAAAUACGUUAUUAAAUUUUAUAAUAGCAGUUGUUUGUUCUACUGCCUGUACUGUCAUAUUCAUUUGAAUCCUUUUUUAUUUUAGGACAUGCUAAUUCAAUAAGGCAAUUUGUUCUGCCAGCUGGACCACUAAAAAGAAAAAAAGUGUGGCUUCAGAUUGUCUGACACAAGGAAUUGUUUUAGCAGUGGGGAAAAAAGUUCUUUUACGCAGCCCACAGGUUUCAAUUAACAGGAAUAUUUUAUUUCUGUCUGCAGCUGUUGACUGAUAUUUCUGAUCCUGACAGAGUGGGACUCCAUCACAAAUGGACAGAAUAAAACUGCUCUUUAUUUUUUACAUUAGGACUUGGGUUACAAAAUAAGUGCUCACCAGAGUUGACAAACUCUUUAUUAACCUUGUAAAGAAAUACAGCUGCAGACCCAUUCCCCUGUACAGUGUUGCACUGAACACAAAUAAAUUGUUUGCACAUCUCUGGGUAGCAAGAUUUGUAUUUAAUAGUCUGUUAUUUAAACCUCAUGGGUUUUUAAUUCCUUUGAUGCUGUUUUGUAUACACUUGAUGGUAUUGUUAUCCAGGAAGGAGCUGCUAUCACAUGGUGCCUUGGUGUCUAUUUACAGAAAGAUUUUAACCCAUAAUUGUUAGUAAACCACAGAAUGUCCAUCCUUUGGAAAAAAUAAUAAUCAUCCUUAAAACAGGAGAAUUGAAACAAAAGAGUUACUAACUUUUUUUAAACUUGCUACUUCGGCUCUGUUGAACAAGGGAAGAAAACCAACACUCAGUUAACAUGCCUGGUACACACAAAAGCCUGAGCUGAGGAACAGUCCCCUGUUGACAGUAUCCACUAGUAUUGCAGUAAAGCCCUGGACAGUCCCUGCCUCAAGGGCUGCCUUUGUAAUUUACCUAACUAGUCUGAUGUACAAAACUGAAACUGCCCUUCAGCAUUAACUGUGGAGCCCCCACAAUUAAUGCAAGCUAGAAGAGCUUCAACAGGGCAAGUAGAAAAUGCUUAAGCUGAGCUUAAGCAAUUGAAGCAAGAUCUCACAUGUUAUUUGGAGACUGCUCCAAUUGCUAAUACAUUCCCUAAAUGAGAAGUAGGAAGCCACACUUCUUUAACAUCUGAAAUUCCCUUUUCCUGGGCUUAGACUCACUCACUCCUACCUUCAGGAGUAGGUCUGAGGCUCUUGACCAUAAAGAGAAGAAUUUAUAUCUCUACAACAAUAUCUCUUGAUUAUAUCUGCCCCUCCAACUAAGCCCUCUUCUGAGGCAGACUUUAACAGAAACAUGUCUUCAGUAUUCCUUAGGCAGUUUAGGUAGUUCCAGCUCCGUGCAUAAGCUUUUACAAACCAAAUUACGAGCAGACUUAGCUUAUUCAUUGGAUAGAAAGUAUGAGUAUUAAAAUAAAGAUCAGCAAAUACCUUUGCAUGUGCCAUAUUCCUAAAAAUUCCUCCUAGAAGAAGUAGCUUGGAGGGCUGUAAUGUCAACAGUCUCUUAUAGAUGUAGUAUUAACAGCAAAACUGGGAAGUGCUUAGAGAUUUCAGUCACUGUCUAGUUUCAAAGGCAUUUGAAUUGUCACCCUUCCCAAAUUUCUGACACCACAGAACAUAUGUCCACUUCCAUGUAGUAUCAAACUAAUCAUUCACCUAAUCUAAUCACUGUAAAUUAGUUACAAACUGCCUAUCCUGCCAGCAAUAGAAGCACAGCACUUUAAGUUAUAUUUAUGUUAUAUUUUAAGCUUUUGUUUUGGAGGCACAUUUUCAAAUGUUAUUUGCCAGUUAACAAAGAACAAAGGAUUGAACUAAGGCUUUCCACGUAUCGCAAGAAUAACCUCUAACUUCUGGGUAUAUGGAAGCCACUUCUGUUGCAACUUCUUACACUGAUGUUGUGCUGGUUUAGUUAAUGUUUUUACAGAACUGAGGUAUACAGCUCGGACAGUAGUGUUACCCUGACUGGUAACACUACUAAUGGCACUUCAUUUAGACAUUGCAAUAACUACCGCCUUUCUUGUACAGAUAAACCUUCUGGACUUGCCUCAGUUCACAGGUGGAUUCUGAUUAUUACUGAAAAAUAAACAGGUCUGCUGUACCCUCAGUGCUGCCAUCACCCAAAUAACCAACUUGCCCCUUUUCAUUGCUCAAAUUUCAUUCUUCUUAUCAUUAUGCUACAACAUUGAUAUCAGAAGUAUUGUUGCAGUAUAGAAGUUGUGUACACUUUUUAAAGCAUGUAUGGCAACAUCCUAUCACUGAAGAACAUUUUUUGGAUCUUUUUUCUUUUAGAUGUGGUUAGUGGUAAAACAAAAUUUAUACUAAAAUUACUACACUGUAAUCAGGUGAUGCUAAAAUCUCAAUUGUUAAUCUCAAUAUAGCUCAUACAUCACUAAAUUAUCAUUUCUGAUAUCUCCACAUGGAUGUCUUUCCCUUUCUCUUUAAUACUUAAAAAUUACUGUUUCUAUUUGAAUCAAAUUUCAGUAAAGUUACAGAUUAACAAAAUUAUGGCACAGGGCAGUGUGAGUAUGCCGUUCUCUAAUUUAUUUGUAAAAGUGUUACCCAAAUGGAGAAGAGAAAAAAUCACUACCAGCAUAGUGAACCUUAUUGUGGUGGGGAAAAAAAUAUUUACUCCCUCAAAAAGAAUUAUUUACAGUAAUUCUUGUAACUGGUUGCAGUUGUUACACAGCAGAAAAAUUAUAGUAAAACUUCAUUGGUGAUUGCCCAAACUCAAUCCUUUUUGUUUCCAUUUUACAGUCCUUUAGUGUUUACACUUGUCUACCUUUAUAUAGCUUUAUGCAAAAGGAAAUUACGAGAAUUGAAAACUGAGUUCUUGAAUAAACUUUAUACUUUUGAAAA